UCUGUAUACAAAGUAAAUAUUAUUUAAAAUGGACAGAGAGGCGGGAAAGGGAGAAAAUAAGGUAAGAAUUCACAGUGACAGAGACACAGAGGAGAAUUUUAUUACUGUUAGUGGGGAUAAAAAUGAAGCUGUCUCAGCUGAAAUGCCCACAUCAGACCCUGAAGAAAAGCACGGUGAUAGCGGGAAAGUCACAGAAGAGUCCCCCCCUGAAGAGGCCGCCACUUUUGAACCAGAAGCCAAAAGUGAAGAUGAGCUCUGCACUGAGUUUGAUGUGAUGAAUAAAGUCAAAGAACAGCCACUGUCCCAAGAAGAAAGUGUGGUUUCUGAGAUGAACAGCACUUACCACGAUGACGCUCACAAGCUACAGCCUGAGACCCAAGACACGGAGAUCUCCAGCCCUCUACACCACGAAGAUGAAGAGGCUGAAAAAGAGGGAACCACAUCUCCAUGUGCACAAAAACUAAACAUAAAGUAUAAAGAAUACAGACAGCUCCUCCAGAAGCUGUGCAAGGAGCGAGAUAGGGCCAGGCAUAACAGCAGCCAGCUGCAGAUGAAACUGGCGCAAUACUUCAAGAAGGCUGGGGACAGUGUCCAGCUGGAGGGCGAUAAGCCUGUGUCAGAGCAGCUGCAGGAGUACAAGAGGUACAUCAACACCCUGACUGACCUGAAGCAGCAGCUCUGUGCUGAAUCAGAGGCAGCCCAGCGUCAGGCAGAGGACCUGAGGCUACAGUCCGAGGAGCAGCUGGGCAAGGUGGAAGAUGAAUGGCGAGCACUGAUGGCACUGAAACAGGAUACAGCUGUGAAGAUGCUAAGCAGACGCCUGGGUAAAGAAGCAGCUCGGGCCAAAGUGGAGGCGUCUCUGCGAGCUGAACAGCUUCGGCAGGACGAGCUGAUCAAACUGCGGCUGAAGCACAUCAAGUUGAAUAUGAAGGUUCGCAAGCUGGAGGCAGAGCUCCGCCGUGGGGAGGAACAUGACAGGGACCCCAUACAGAUCCAGUUUGAGCAGCUGCAGGCUGAGAAGCUAGAGCAGAAAAAACAAGCCGAAAAGCAGCACGAGGGAUCACUAAAGCUGCAGAAGAAGAUCAGCAGUAGCUUGGAGUGCCUGUCAAAUAUAAAGGAGAAGCUGCACUGGUGCCAGAUGGAGGUCAAGGUGAAGAGAGAGCAACUGACUGAGGUGGAGGCCGUGGUGGCUGGGAAGAGGGACCACCUAAACAGGGUCAAGCAAGAAAACAGUCGCCUGCACAGACAAAACCUGAGGUUGAAGGAGCAGCGUGGGCUGCUGGGCAACAGGGUCCUGCUGCAGGACUUUGAGGAUACUGUGAAUGCCUCUGACCAACUGGAGGAACAACUAGAACAUCUGAAGUGCCGGCAAGCCGAGAUCCUCUUCAGCUGUGGCGGGUGGAAAAGUCAAUAAUGACUAAAACUUUAUCUUAGGUUUCAAAAAGCUAUGAAAAAAAUGAGAAAAGAACACAUGUAGCUGACAAGGAGCUACCAGGAAUGAGAACGAGCACUAGCCCUUACAGUUUGAUUCAGUGUAGUGUCUCCCUGCCUGCAUGCUGUAAAACUUGGAAAAACAUAAUCUGCAUAAGAAGUCAUGGUCGGGAUUCCAUGCAUCCUCUCAAAAACAAUAAUCAUCUUAGAUAAGGUGACUCAGAGAUGUUGAUUGCAAUCUUAAAAACAUUGAUAGAAAUAAAGAUACAUUUUUGUGGACUUUUUGUAUUUUAAUAUGAAAAUUUACUUGCUUUACCACAAGGUUUUAGUGUAUUUGUCCUGUGGUAAAGAAAUAAUUAAUUUAAUUUAAUUUUACAAAGAAAACAUAGUAGCGGUUAAUACUGUCACCUCACAACUAGAAGGUUGUAUAUUUAUAGUUCCUGGCUGGCUUCAGCUUCUGUGUGGGAAUAAUUCGGUGAUUCUGAAUUGCCUGUAGGUGAAGAUGUGAGAGUGACUGGUGAAGUUUGUGUUCAAAAUUUUUUUUAAUAUUUUUUUCCUUGGAAUAAAAUUAAAUAACCAAAACAUUCAUGAUCGAUAAAAAAAAAAAGAUACAACAUAGACAACAAAGAUGAAUCAGACUCACGGCCUCUUGCUCCAGGGUCCACUUCUUCCAUACAUUUAACUAUGUGUAUACUUAGUGUUGUUGGUGAGGUAUGUCCCGUCAUAAUAAGUCUGAUUCUCACAUACACAUCAGUUUGGUUCUGUAAAUGCUCACGUUGCAUUGAAUAUACUGACUCCUGACUUUAGGGAAACUCCCAAGAGUCAAGGGUUAAGUUGUUUGUUGAAUCAAACAAAAAUUAAGGAUAAACGUGACCUCUAGAUUAGACUACUGUAAUUCCCUUUACUUUGGUCUCCACUCGGCCCUUCUUCAUAGAUUGCAGCUUGUCCAGAAUGCUGCGGCACGCCUUCUGACUGGAACCACAAGGUUUGCCUCUAUUACCCCAGUCCUUGCUGACCUGCAUUGGCUCCCUGUCAAAUACCGCACUGAGUUUAAAAUUCUGUUGCUUACCUUUAAAAUCAUAAACAAUACUGCGCCGUGCUACCUCACUGAACUCCUUAGUCUCCUUAGUCCAUAUACCAACAAUUACUCUUAGUGCAGCCUAGAUCCCGGCUAAAGACCAGAGGUGACAGUGCUUUUGCCCUGGCAGCCCCGAGGCUCUGGAACAAUCUUCCUGCUGCUAUUCGCGCCUCUGUUCAUUUAAAUCUCAGUUAAAAACUUGUUUGACCUGUUUGACCGAGUGUUUUCAGUUAGUUAGUGCACAUUCCCUAUAUUUUACCCUUAUGUUAUUUAUCUUCUACUAAUGUUCCACUGUAUAAAUACCCCCACCUUAUAUUUAUGAGUACUCAGUAAUUUUAUCUUCUAAACUAUGCUCUAAUGUUUUAUUUCUUUUUUUGUCUGUACUUUUUGGGGUUUUUUGUACUCUUUUAUAGCCUUUCAUCUUAUAUCUUAUGUUUUAACCUUGUCGUGAAGCACUUUGGUGUACCUUCGGUUUUAAAUGUGCUAUAUAAAUACAGUUGUAUUGUAUUGUAUUGUAUAAACUAGCAAUACAUUUAUUUAUGGAUUAUAAAGACAAGAAGACUUUGA